UAUAUUGGCGGCUAAUCCCCUCCCCCAUUGCACCCAGUCACUACUUUCCCACUCCAAACUAAACACGUAGAAAACAUUCUCGAUGCGUAACUGCGCCUAAUUCCCUUCCAUUACAACAAACAAUGGCAUCAUCUCAAAAAAAACUUCACCGUUCAAUCUUUCAACUUCCACCAUACUUCUUCGACCAUUGUCGUUUUCUCCCUUCCCCUCCCUCCCAAACCCUUCAACCACCUUCAAACCACAUCGAUCAUAUUCAAAACGCCGUCGUUUCGGGUUCUAGCUUAACAUGCAAUACUUGUAAGGCUCAGUUCGAUUCUUUUCAAGAUCAACGUUCUCAUCUCAAAUCCGAUAUUCAUCGAUUCAAUGUGAAACUGACAAUUGCUGGGAAAAAUACCGUGAAGGAAGAGGAUUUUGAGGAUCUGACAUCUGAUUUUGUCGAAGACUGGGAUGUGUCAAGUAUUAUUAGGAAUGAGUCUCCAGGUCAAAGUGUUAUCCGUGGUAAAUCUGUUGAAAGCUGUAAACAUAAGCUAUUCGUCUGUCUUCAGACAGGGCAGAGAGUUUCUAUCUGGAAGUGUUUGAUAAGGAAUGUGAGCGAAAAUGUGUUGUAUGAUGAUGAUGUUGAGAGGUUGAAAUCUCUGACCGUUGAGCCCAGGAAUAACACCCGAUUGAGGAUUGUUCUGCUUGCAUCCGGUGGGCACUUUGCUGGUUGUGUCUUUGAUGGCGAUACACUUGUGGCUCACAAGACAUUUCAUAGAUAUGUUGCGAGGGCCAAGGCUGGAAAAAAACAGUCAUCUAAAGAUGCUUUUGGCAAGACUGUACAUUCUGCCGGUGAUUCACUUCGUCUUCACAUGGAACAUUCACUAAUGAAGGAAGUUCGCGAACUACUUACUGCUUGGAGACCUUAUUUCGAUGCUUCUGUUUGCAUUUUUAUGCACGCGCCUUCAAGUAGUCGUCAGCUGCUUUUUGAUAGAGAAAAGCCAUGUUUUACCAAUUCACAAUGUGUUAGAAAUAUUGCUAUGAUUGUCCGCAGGCCUACCCUCAGGGAAGCAAAACGUGUGUAUGGCCAGUUGACACUAGUAUCCUAUGAAGCAGACGAGAAGGAAAUUUUCCCGAGCAAUAAACAAGACGUAGUGCCAACUCUCAUUGACACGCCUCCUGCUAGCAAAGUGGACAUGGCUAGGUUGGAUAUAAACGCUAAAGCUGAAGCUUUUUCCAGUAACAAAAAUGAUGAACAUCUUGCUUCAAGUAAAGUCAAAAUUGAGAGUGAGUUUACUAUCAACUCAACUCCUUUACAUCAAGCGGCACAAUCUGGUGAUGCUGUAAAGGUUAUGGAACUCUUGGAACAGGGCAUGGAUCCAUGCAUUAAAGAUGAUAGGGGUCGAACCCCAUAUAUGUUGGCACCUCGCAAGCAAAUCAAGAAAACUUUCAGAAGGUUUAUGGCUUCAAAUCUCGACAAAUGGGAUUGGAAAGCUGCACAAGUGUUUUGUCCAUUGACCAAAGAAAUGGAAAAAUAUCAAGCUGCUAUGAAGGCAGAGAGAAGAGCUAAAGCAAAAGAAUUGAAGAAAAUACGUGAAGCAGAAGAAAUUAAGGCUCAGGCUGAAGCUGCUGAAAAACAAGCGAUUGCUCCAACAUCUAUUUUUUGGUGGUGGCCGGGGUCUCCAACAUCUGCUACAGGACAAUCUCAACCAAAAAGUGGUGCAAAAUUAUCGAAAGAGGAGGAAAUAAAAAGGGCACAGGAUGCAGAAAGAGAAAAGAGAGCAGCUGCUACAGAGAGAAGAAUGGCUGCCCUCAAAUUUCCGGCUAAUAGUACAACCACUUCAGCUAAUAGACUUUCAGACGCCAAUGAAUGUGGAUUAGUCGGGAAUACAACAUCAUUUUCCUGUUGUAAUUCAUCACUUGCUGGAAGAAUGUCUCCGCUAAAUGACGCCGAGUUCAAGACCUAUUUGGCAAAGGCUAGAGAAAAGAGAGCCACAGUUUUGCAAUCUGGUGCCGCUGAAGCAAAAUUGGACGUUAGUGGUGUUACAAUCUGCAAGCUCAAGAGAAAAGGUGGGGGAAACUCAGAGGAGGGGUCACCGUCACUUUCAGACACAGAACCUAUUGCUGCACCACCUUUGAACAAUGAUUCCGCUGCAUGCGAUUCUAAGGUGGUUCUUCCUUUACCUAGGAAAAAGAUUAAGAAGGAGAAGACGUGUGUCCCAAUGGAAGAGACUGAAAAAGCAUCGCUGUGGGACAGGUGUUUUGAUGGAAUGGGUUUUGUGGACAGCAAUCUAAGCUUCACAAAAAUGUGCAGGAGGUGAAGGAGUCUGGGUUGGAAAAGGCUAGUGAGAUGCUUGUGGCAUACAACCUUCGCUGUGCUUUACUUCGGAAGGUGAUUACGGACCAAUUUCAAUCUGUAUUGGGACAUGAAAGCAACCGCCGAGACGAACUGAAUGCAACCAAAGAAAAAUUGAAAAUAGCCAAUGAUAUUCUUGGAGAUAUGAAGAAACAAAUAUUGAAGGUAAAUAAGAGAUUGGAGGAAGAACAGACUGCUCUGACUCAGUUGGAGAAAAAGACUGAAAAUAACAAGGCAUUUGAGGAGGAGGUUGUUGGCUUGAAGAAAAGUGUAGAUGCGCUCAAGGGGAAAUCGGCCGCGAAGGAUAUGGAAAUUGAGGAUUUGAAGAAAAGAAUAGACACGCUCAAGGGGCAAUCCGCAGCGAAGGAUAUGGAAAUUGAGGAUUUGAAGAAAAGUAUAAAUACGCUCAAUGGGCAAUCCGCAGCAAAGGAUAUGGAAAUUGAGGAUUUGAAGUUAGAUACUGCCUUUCGCUAUCAAGAUGGUUUUGAUAAGGCCAUAGAACAAGUUCAUGUCCUAUUUCCAUCGUUGGAUUUGUCAGAGGCUGACGCUAUGAAGUCCGUGGUUGAUGGAAAACUAGUAUAAGUUUUUUCCAUUUAGUCUCGAGGCUUUUUGAUGUUGUACUACUAACAUUUUGAUGUAGGGAAGUGCUGUGAACACUUUUUUUAAUACUCUCUUAAAUACUCACUUUUUUAUUUGGUGAAAUCAAUGUUGGUCUUACACUUUGGAAUAGGUCUCACAUGAAGUGGUGGGACUCAUGGAUUCCACUCAAUAAAUAAGUGUUAGAGAAAGCGUUGAAAAGAGAGUGUUGCUAACAUAUAUUUUGGAAUGUAACCUAUGCUGACAAAGUUUUGAAUACCUUUACAUUUUGAUGUUAUACGUUUUAUUAUAC